GAAUAUAUUUAAAUAUGCUUGGUAGCAGGAUGGCGUGAAAGAACUGCACUGAAAGGAAGACAGCAGAGCAGGCACGCACGUUCUACAACAGUGUGAGAGAGGAAAGGCGCUUCUCACGGCAUUUCCAAUAUGGAUUUUGGUAUUAAAACGCAUACCGGGAUGUUGGCAUUGAUGGCAACGCUUCUUUGUUGCCUGAGUGGGGUACUUGGUAAAGAUAAUUGUGAUAGCCCACUGGUCCCCUCUCUGCCUCAGAUGUCAUUCAACAGCUCAUCCCAGCUGUCCAACACUCAUAGCCCUGGAUUUGCGAAACUGAACAGGAGAGAUGGUGCUGGCGGGUGGUCACCCUUGGAGUCUGACAAGUAUCAAUGGCUUGAAAUUGAUCUGGGAGAAAGGACUGAGGUUACAGCCAUUGCCACACAAGGGAGAUAUGGGAGCUCAGACUGGGUGACCAGUUACCUCCUAAUGUUCAGCGACACAGGCAGGAACUGGAAACAGUACCGGCAAGAGGACAGUAUUUGGGCAUUUUCAGGAAACACAAAUGCUGAUAGUGUUGUCCAGUACAAACUGCAGCAGCCUGUAAUAGCUCGAUUCCUACGUGUCCUUCCCCUGGACUGGAAUUCAAAUGGAAGGGUAGGAAUGAGGCUAGAGGUCUACGGAUGCCUAUACAAGUCUGAUGUGGCAAGUUUUGAUGGCAGCAGCUCAUUGCUCUACAGGUUCAGUCACAAUUCAAGUCAAACAGCCAAAGAUGUGAUAUCCAUGCAGUUCAAAGCACUGCAAAACUCUGGAGUUAUCAUGCACGGUGAAGGACAGGGAGGACACUGCCUGACGCUUGAGCUGCACAAAGGAAAACUCUUACUUCACAUCAAAACAGGCAAAACAAAGUCCAUGUCUACAGAGAAUCAAAACUUGGUGACACUGGGAAGUCUACUUGAUGACCAACAUUGGCACUCUGUGGUUAUUGAACGUAUUAACAGACGCGUUAACUUCACUGUGGACAAGAGUACGCAUCAGUUUAAAAUAAAUGGAGACUUCACCUACUCUGACAUUAAUAAUGAGCUCAGCUUUGGAGGCAUCCCAGGCCAUUGGAAAUCAAGAACAUUUUCUAAGAGAAACUUCCAUGGGUGCCUGGAGAACUUGCUCUAUAAUGAUGUCAAUGUGAUAGAUUUGGCAAAACUCAAGCACCACAUAACGGCCUCGGGUAAUGUUACAUUUGCUUGCUCUGAGCCUGCUGACGUUCCAGUGACAUUCCUAGGCUCUGAGAGCUACCUGCAGUUACCAGGGCCUCUUCAGAAGGAGAGUUUGUCAGUCAGCCUGCAUUUUAGGACUUGGAACAAAGCAGGUCUUCUGAUGACUACUGAAAUGCAUCAGCACGCAGGAAGCUUGUGGCUUUACCUCAGUGAGGGCAAAGUCAAAUUACAAAUUUCUAAGUCUGGAAGAAUUUUGGCCGAUGCUACAGCAGGGUUUGGCUUAAAUGAUGGACAAUGGCAUUCUGUGGAACUACAUUCAAGGAGAGGUCGAGCAAGCUUAACUGUGGACAAAGACGCAGGGUCUGCUGCACAUACAAGUUCACCUUUCCAUGUUGCUUCUGGCAACAAUUUAUUUUUUGGAGGUUGUCCUGAAAACAAAAAUAAACAAUAUUGUAGAAACCCAUUCAAUAAUUUUCAAGGAUGUAUGCAGCAAAUAUACAUUGACAAUAGUGCUGUGGACUUAAUCAAGGUGCAACAAAGAAUCAUGGGUAAUUUCAGUGACUUGCAAAUGGACUUAUGUGGGAUCAUUGAUAGAUGCUCUCCCAGCUAUUGUGAACAUGGAGGGAAAUGCACACAGUCCUGGAACACAUUUUACUGCAACUGCUCCAACUCCGGCUACAUUGGAGCGACAUGUCACAGCUCAAUUUACGAGCAGUCAUGCGAAGCUUACAAACACCAGGGUAAUACAUCUGGGCUUCAUUACAUUGACUUGGAUGGAAGUGGCCCCCUCAGCCCACAGCUAGUCUACUGCAAUAUGACAGAGAAGACGUGGAUGGUGAUACAACACAACAACACAGAUCUGACCAAAUUAAAAUCAUCUAGUGGGGAGCAUUUGGCUUAUUUUAACUAUUCUGCUAACAUGGAGCAGCUCCAGGCUAUAAUUAACCAAGCAGAGCACUGUGAACAGGAAGUCUCCUACCACUGCAAAAAGUCACGCCUCUUAAACACACCAGACGGUGCUCCGUUCAUCUGGUGGGUGGGCAGGGCAGGUGAGGUACACACCUACUGGGGUGGAGCAAAGCCGGGGACUCAGAAGUGCUCCUGUGGCCUGGAGGAGAGCUGCAUUGACUCCAGUCACUACUGCAACUGUGAUGCGGACAGGAGAGAAUGGACAAAUGAUUCAGGCCCACUGUCAUUUAAAGACCAUUUGCCUGUCACUGAAAUAUCUUUUGGUGACAUAAACAGAGUGGACUCAGAGGCAGCUUACAAAGUUGGCCAUCUACAGUGCUAUGGUGACAAGAAUUUUUGGAAUGCAGCCUUUUUCAACAAGGAGACAUCCUAUCUCCACUUCCCUACGUUUCAGGGAGAGCUGAGCGCUGACAUAUCCUUUUUGUUCAAGACCACAGCCACGUCUGGAGUCUUCAUGGAAAAUCUGGGAAUUAAAGAUUUCAUACGGAUUGAACUCAGCUCCCCAUCUGAAGUGGUGUUUUCUUAUGAUGUGGGAAAUGGUCCUUUUGACGUGAGAGUGGAGGCUCCCACUCCAUUAAACAACAACCAGUGGCACUACGUGAAAGCAGAGAGGAAUAUAAAGGAAGCCAUGCUGCAAGUGGAUCGGCUGCCGAGUAGAAUACAGAAGGCUCCUACAGAUGGACAUAUUCAUCUGCAGCUCAACAGCCAAUUAUUUGUAGGAGGCACUGCUUCAAGACAGAAAGGUUUUCUUGGAUGCCUUCGUUCUUUACAACUAAAUGGAAUAACACUGGAUCUCGAAGAGCGGGCCAAAAUCACCCCUGGAGUCAAACCAGGUUGCCCGGGGCACUGCAGCAGCUAUGGCAGCCUUUGUCAGAAUGAGGGGCAGUGUGUGGAGAAAUACAAUGGAUUCUCAUGCGACUGCAGCUUGUCUGCUUUUGCAGGACCCUUCUGCCAAAAAGAGGUAUCUGCUUACUUUAAACCUGGGACAUCUGUGACUUACACUUUUAAGGAGCCAUAUGAACUGACUAAAAAUGCAAGUGUUCAGUCAUCGGCCAUGUAUUCUGAUGUCACUCUUCGAGGCGAGCACAUUGCAUUUAGCUUUCGCACAGCCCAAGCUCCAGCACUGCUCUUGUAUGCUAACUCCUACUAUAGGGAGUACCUUGCAGUUCUUCUCAACAGAAAUGGUCAUUUGGAUGUCAAGUACAAAUUGCAGAAUAACAAAGAUGCAGAGGUAUUCAGAAUGAAUAUGAGAAACCUGGCUAAUGGCCAGCUUCACAAAGUGAACAUCAAGAGGCAAGCAGACAUUCUCCAUGUUCAGGUUGACCAGUAUGCGAGAGAGGAAUUCAAUUUAACAUCUGACAUGGAAUUCAAUGCAAUAAAGUCUGUCAUUCUUGGAAAAGUUUAUGAGAGCGGUGAGCUGGACCCGGAGGUAGCCAGGGUUAACUCACUGGGCUUCAGUGGCUGCCUCUCAGCGGUGCAGUUCAACAGCAUCACCCCUCUGAAAGCUGCCCUGCUGUACCCCAGCAGCAGUCCUGUGAUUGUUAAGGGACAACUUGGCGAGUCACACUGCGGGGCCUCCUCACCAUCCAAUCCAUUUGCAGUGGAGACCACACACUCACUCUCAGAUCAAUCUGGUACAGUAGAUACUGGUGAGCCGAUAGUCAAUGCAAUCAGGAGUGACUCAGCUCUGAUCGGAGGUGUCAUUGCGGUUAUGAUAUUUAUAAUUCUCUGCGUGCUGGCAAUAAUGGCAAGAUUUCUUUAUCGACGAAAGGAGUCCUUUCAGAGCAGAGAAGCCAAGGGAGAGAAGUCUGACGAUAGCCCUGAUUUACCUUUCAACAACGAUCCCAACUCACAGAACGUAUUGAGUGAAAACCAAAAGGAAUACUUCAUUUAAUGAACUCUCCCUUUACCUCAGCACUCCGCUUCACAAUCAAGAUAAACUGAGGAUACAAAUGCCUUGCCAAGUCUAAAGAAAUUAACAUUCAUUGUGCAUUAUGGCAUAAACCCUAAGCAACUGUAAAUGGUGGUUAAUUGAGAUGUGGAAAAAUUUUAACGGUUCAUAUUUUUUGUAUAUAUUUAAUACAGUUUGUCUGGUAGACAUGAAAAAAGAGAAUACUGACAUUCAUUUAUUGUAAAUACUCUUUAAAUUGUACAUGUUGAAUUAAUGUCUGUAUACCAAUCAACAUCUUACAGUAUAUUCCUCUGAGACCAUUGUUCAUUUUAUGUUUAAUUAAAAGAGAUUAUGCAUAUCUAUAAUACUGAGUACUUGGAACCUAGUCAAACAUUGUCAGACGAAAAAUAAAUGUUUGAAGUGUUGAGUGAA